AUGGAAAAAACAAUUUAUGAUAAAUUAAAUCUAAGAACUGAUUUACCUAAUACUGAUUAUAAACCAUAUUUAGAUACAAUUAUAAAAGAUUAUUGUAUGAAAAGAGUAUGGACUGAUUCACCAACAAUAAAACAUAUAUCACAUUUACUUCCAUCACCCAAAAUUAUUCUUAAUAAUCAACUUAAUUCUAUUAGUAAUCAAGAUUUAAUUGAAUCAAUAGAACCAUUUAAUGAAUUAACUACUUAUUAUGCUCAAAUGGCAAUUAAAGAUCUUGAUUUGAAUCAACAACAUCAUCCAUUAUUAAAUGCGUGUCAUUCUCUUGCUUCAACUUUACAUGAAGAAGUAACAUGGCAUUCAACACAACUUCGUCUUAUUCAAUUAAUUCAACGUUUUCCUCGUUUAAAACCAUUUUUAAACAUAUUAAACAAAUAUGGUUUACAUUUAAAAGAUAUUCUUAGUGGAGAAAAAAAUGGUUUAGAUAUAUUUGUUGGUGAUGAUGAAAUUGAACAAAUUUUUCAUUCGAUUUGUCAAUAUUUAAAAUUACAAUAUGAACAACAACAACAAACUAAAGAUAAUUCAUUUGAGAAUUAUCGAUUAUGUAUAUUUUGGUUAACUGAUAGUUUAUUAAUUGAUUUACAUUAUGCAGAUUCUGAUCCAGUACAACUUGCAAAUGCUCAACAAACAUUUAAUACACAUCUAACUAAUCAAACAAAAAAUUUAUCUAUUAUUUAUGAUGAAACAAUUGAUUUAUAUGAUAGUAAAACACUUGAAAAAAUACCAUUCGAAUCAUUUGAUAUUAUAUUUUCUGUAAAUCAACUUCAAGGAAAUCAAGAUUUAACAAAUUCUUUAGUUGCUCUUCGUCGUUUACUUGUUCCUAAUGGUCUCCUUUUAUUACUUGAAUUAGUUCAUGUUCCUCUUAAUUUUGAUCUUAUUUUUGGUUUUAAUGAUCAAUGGUGGUCAUCAUCUGAUGAUGAUAAUUGUGCAUUAAAAAAUAUUCAACAAUGGGUGAUAUUAUUAGAACAAAUCGAAAGAUUUCAUAUUAUUGAAUCAACAACAAAUCAAAAUGAAAGUACAUUAAUUAUUAGUCAAAAAACAACGUCGAAUGAAAGAUUACAAAGACUUGAUGAAAGAAAAAAUCAGUUAUGGUUAAUAUUUAUUAAAGAUGAUAAUAAUAGUUUUGGUCAUAUUCUAUCAUCAUUGUUACCAUGUUCAAAUAUUAAAAUAUUUCAUAUUCGUCAUUCAACUUUAGAUACUAUUUGUUUUGGAAUAUCAGUUUUAUUAACUACUUAUAAACAAGUAUCUAUUAUUUUUGCAUGGCAACUUGAUCAAGUAUUAUUGAAUGAAAAUAAUGAUGACGAUUUAGUAUUGAAACAAAAUGAAGAACUUAUAUAUCAUGCUCAAUUUAAUAAUGAUUCGAAUCUUAAUAUAAUUGCAUUACCAUUUAUUGGUCUUGCACGAAGUUUAAUAACUGAAUAUGAACGAAAUCGAUUAAAACUUAUUGAUCUUCGAACAUCAUUAAAUAAUAAAUUAAUAUUUAUUCAUACUUUAAUAGAAUAUAUGAUUAAUUCAAGAUAUUCAACUGAUACUUGCCAAGUUGUUCUUCGUCUUAAUGGUACAAAUCAAAAUGAAGUUCAACAUUUAACAUGGCAUUAUGAAAUGUUACAAAAUAAUGAUGAACAAAAGAAAUCUAAAUACGAACAAAUACCUAUUAUUCGUAAACGAGAUGCAGAUCAAAAACCAUUUCGUCUUUGUGUACCACGAUCUUGUUUUCUUUCUGAAUUAACAUGGAUCGAAGAAGAUAGUGAAGAAGAACUAUUACCAUCAGAUAUGGUAGACUGA